AUGAGUGAGAAGGAGGCAGCUGCUUUCAUCAUCAAGGUCAUCCAGAGGUGCUUCCUCAGCAGCAGGAGCAAGACCUAUGGUAUGCUUCAGUAUUACCAGAACCAGAUCCCAUACUAAAGACCUGCUGUAGUAUUGUCACAUUCUGAAGACCUGGGACCUGUCUGAUAUGAGUCCUCAUUCCCUAUAUAGGCAGUAACCUCUGCUUUAGACAGUCUGUAAGGUCAGAGGUUGUCCUAUAUACAAAGUAAUUAUCCUCGGCUUGCUAGCUAGCUAGCGUCCAGCAACUUGUGCACUUUAUAGAUCAUUGUAUUUCACCCACCUGAUUGGACCCUGAUCAAGAGCUGUUAUACUAGACUAGAGAAAUCACACUAACCAAUCAAUCAACCAAACACACAACCUCUAUCUGAACUCCAAUACAAUCAGCAAAUCUCACGGUCAUCAAUGUCUUGAUGCAAUCACAUACUAAGUGUGUGUGUGUGUCUGUGUCCGUGUCCAGUAGUCAAAAGCGAUAAGUAGAUCUUCUCUCGGGGGACAUUUCUAAUGGUGGCGCUAGUGACUAUAUCUGUCUUGAGUCAAUCACAUACUGUGUGUGUAUCCGCUCCAAGGUAGUUGGGUCCAGUCCAGAAUAAACCAGUGUUGUUUGUUUACCUACUAACCCACUAACUCUGCAUGUCUCACGACCAGACCUUCUAGUAGUAACGUCUUACAUGGAUUUAGUAGCGGUCUUAAACAGGUGUGUGUGAGAUUCUGUUUGGAGACAUUCCUCUUUCUGCACAAAUAAAUAUUUUAUUCACCUUAAACCCUGUACUUGAAUCUCCUCGAUUUGCGUUUAGUAUUACGAUGGUGGUGGUGACGAUGACAACCCCAAAAGCAAUUUCUCUAAACCUUGGCACAAACAGAAGGGUAGUAUUACAUGACAACUACACUCCUCUGAUGUUAUUACAUUUACAUUUGAGUCAUUUAGCAGACGCUCUUGUCCAGAGCGACUUACAGUUAGUGAAUAAAAAAAAAUAUAUAUACUGGCCCCCCGUGGGAAUCGAACCCACAACCCUGGCGUUGCAAACGCCAUGCUCUAUCAACUGAGCUACAUCCCUGCUGGCCAUUCCCUCCCCUACCCUGGACAACGCUGGGCCAAUUGUGCGCCGCCCAUGAGUCUCCCGGUCACAGCCAGCUGCGACAGAGCCUGGAUUCAAACCAGGAUCUCUAGUGGCACAGUUAGCACUGCAAUGCAGUGCCUUAGACCACUGCGCCACUCAGGAGUAUUAUGUUAUUAUGUUAAGAUGUUACCUUGUUAAUGUGUGUCAACAUAUGAGAUUGCUGUGAGAAUCCCUUCAAAAAACCUGUUGUCGUCACGCUGUAUUUAUAUCAACUUUCGGUCUUUAUGAAGAUGUUUUACUUGAUAGUCUGUAAAGAUAAUUAAUCUUACAUCUGUCUAUCAUUUUAGAUUAGAUGGUAUGUAUUAUUUUUGUUCUGAAUGGAUAUGUUGUUAUAUAAUUAUAUAUAUUAUUAUUUUACUUGGAUGUAUAAGAUGUCUUUGUAAUAUAACAUAAUAUAACGUGGGCGGCAGGUCGGCUAGCAGUUAAGAGCAUUGGGCCAGUAACCGAAAGGUCGCUGGUUCGAAUGCCCGAGCUGACUAGGUGAAAAAUCUACCGAUGUGCCCUUGAGCAAGACACUUAACCCUAAUUGCUCCUGUAAAUCGCUCUGGAUAAGAGCAUCUGCUAAAUGACUAACAUGUAAAGUUGUAAAAAGUUUACAGCUUUACAAUAUUCCAUUGUAAAGUUGUACCUCAAAAUACUCAAGGGUAUUGAUGUGUUUAUCUGAAAUGUUUUUUUUUCCUCUGGUUGUGUUUCAGAGGAUGAGGUGGUUGGCGUUAGUGUAAGCGUUCGAGACAGAGAAGAUGUUGUUCAAAUCUGGAAUGGAAAUGCCUUUUUUGCUAACGAAGCAAACAUCCUAGGAAGGAUCUAUGAACUUCUUCCACAGAUAACUUUUAAAGCAGUAUUUUAUAAGCGUGAGUACUUUCAAUCUUGUAUGACAUUCACAUGCCAUGAUAAAAUCAAGAGUAGAGUAUGUGCUAAUCCACUCCAUCAAAACAACGUUACUCUUCCCUUACUGUUGUCAUGAGAACCUUGAUAAUAGUGUCUGAUGAAUGAGCCUAUUCUAUUUCAGCACAUGAGGAGCACCAUGCCUUUGAAGGAGGUCGCCCAAGACAUUAG